UAUCUCCUCUUCGUUGUUAAACAGAAAAGUAGGUUAUAAAUGGCAGUAGACUGAUACGGCAAUAAAAGUUUGCACAUUUAGUACUUUCGAAGACCUCUUAGGAUGCAGAACAACCAACAAUAGUGAUUUCAGUGUUUUUUGCACGUCACGUAUUUACAAUGGCCACAAUAAAUCCCACUUAUAUUAAUAAAAGUCGCUUCUGGAUAGAUGGAAUACAGACGAUCGCAUUGGUUUCAGAUGUUUUCAUUUUCAUAACUGGCGGUUUCCAUUUAGCCGUCAGCGUUGGCUGGAGCUAUAUCGUCUACAGUUUGCAUUUUUAUUACUGCUGGUUUAUUGGUGUGGCGAUCGGUUGCAUACUUGCGCCAUUGCUUAUCAACUGGAAGCGCCGAAGGUUAUUUAUAUUCUCGCCCAUAUUAUUGGUGAUUGUCUCGGCCAUCGUUACAAUAUCCGCUUGUAAUAAUACGAAUGCACUCAUCGCCGCACGCUAUUUAAAUGGCAUCGCCAUCGGUCUCACCACCGUUUCGUUCAUCAUACAUGCCAGUGAAAUCGCAUCGGAGCAUUCUCGCGGUUACUGCUUGUGCCUGGAGCAAAUUGGCUUAGCCUGUGGUGCGUAUGUGCAAAUGCUCUACACUGGCUACUGGAGUAGUGAAGUGGAUUUCAAUCCCUAUUGUCUACAAGGCAUAUUUUGCAUAGUUUUCGGUGUAAUCGCGUUGAUGUUUACAUUCACUUCAAUCGACUCGCCGGUUUUGCAUUUGCGCCACGGCGAUGAACCGGAAGCUCUCAAUUGCAUUGUACGGCUCUAUCGUCCACCCGUUAUGAGUAAUGCGAAACAAGUGAUAUUUAACAAGCUCAAGGAAUAUGUCACCAUGAAUGAGUCCAUGUCGCUGGGGCAGUGUUUUAUGCAGAGUUUGGGCCCACUACUGAGAAUUUUACCUUAUCGUUGUAUGCUUUCGUUUAUCGUCGCACUACCGAUUGUGGAAACUUUCCAAUGGUCCGAAGGUGUAAGCACCGCUGGCUCUGUAAUCAAUUGGCCACCUACUCUUUACGGUUUGCUAAGCGCCUUAGGUGUGUUGGUCACAUUUUCGAUAAUCGAAGCUAUUGGCCGCAAAGCGGUGAGCUUGUUUUCACUAUUAUGUGCGGCUGGUAUGACGAUCGGUGUUGGUAUUAUCUUCAAUGAUACUAUAGCUCUUAUAAAUUCUACGAAAAUGGCGACUGCAUGCGCUUUACUGAUGAUUGCGCAACUUUUUGGUGGUAUCUUUGCGCCUAGCACAACGGUUUAUAUGGGUGAGGCAUUCCCGUUACGUCUGAAGCGUUAUUUCAUAGCAUUUACCGUUCUUGUACAAUAUAUGGUGGAUCUGAUCAUUGUAUGUACAUUCACCUUCUCGCCGGACAAUGUGUUCGUCUAUUGCCUUGUCACGGGGGUGCUAAUGUGUGUGGCUUGCCUAAUAUUUGCUUUUACUAUGCCAGAAACCAGGAAGACUACUUUGCUGGAGACACAACAACUAUUCUCGUAUGGACUGCAUUUGAGGUUCUAUUAAAUAUUUUGUAUAAUAAUGCAAACUAUAUGAAUAUUUGGAUAUAUGCAUGUAUGUAUUGUAUAAACAUAGGUUUAUAUUCUGCACAAUAUACAAAUUUUGCCGUGAUACAGCAAAAGCCAUGACUAAUUUAAAUAAAUAAGUGUUUUAUUUCAAAAA